CGUCCAUAUCGAUCCCACAAGUUUCCCGCUUGCACAGCCUGCCGCCAACGCAAGAUUCGCUGCCAUUUUGAUCAAGUUGCUGCUCAGUGCACCCUUUGCCGGGAAAAAGGCUGGCAAUGUAUCACGGCUUCCCCUGCUGCAAGUGCUCAGAAACGCGAUCGUUCCUCUACUUCUGGUCCAGGUGAGAGGUCUGCAAAGCGCACUGCUGCAAGUAUAGGUCCGGGAGGUGAUGGCUCACCACAAGUCCCCCGGCGGCCGUCUCGCCAAAACUCAACAAUAGGCACUCCUGCUGAAGCCUCUGCUGAAAUCGCACAACCUUUGGAUCAUCCAAGUACUGAGUCAACUGUGAUUGUUGGGCCUGUUUUCCAAGAGGACAUACAGAUCUUGGGACCAUAUCUUUCAAAAGGAGAUGAAGCGCGACAAUCGUCCAAAGAACGGCAAACUACUACAGCUGGACCGAGUCGUAAUCCACUUCUGUACCUUUCUGUUCCUCGUCGCCGGCGAGGCCUUCAGCCAGCCAAGGAUCCUGGCUCUAACCAGAAGCUCAUAUUGCAACAUCUGGUGGGACCUUUUGCCGAUGAGCUUGUUGACCUAUACUUCGAGAAUGCCCAUCCAUGCUUUCCCAUCCUUGAUGAACUGGCCAUCAAGAAACAUGGAGCAAUAGGCAUAUCUUCUACAUUGUGGUCUUACAUCAUCACUAAUGCAUUGUCCUCAUGGGAUCGAUCACCCAAACUGAGAAAUCACCCUCGUCCUGAUCCGAUCUACGCUUGCAAUGUCGCUGUUGCUGCUCUGCAAGAAGAUUUCAUGGAGUCCAGCGUCUCGACGAUACUCAGCAGCGUACUUGAUAUGAUCGGUCGUCCUGUGAACUCUAUCGUGGGUAACAUCAUCAAUGAAGGGCGAACUCUGGCCCUUGCUCAUACGUUUGGUAUGAACCGUAACCCGACCAACUGGGGAUGCUCAGAACACGAGAAAAGGCUAAGAAUCCGGACGUGGUGGGCAGUCCUGAUUAGUAACAGAAUGUCUGCUCUAGCUCAUGGAACACCUGCCACACUUACCAAGGGACAGUAUGAUGUGCCUCUGCCCACUCAUGCAAUGCUCUUGACACCAGGCAAGGAAAAUGUCUAUCGUGAGCAAGGUGCAGAGCAUUUUAUUCAGCUGUGCAAACUAUGCGAGAUACUUGGUGAAAUCUUGCACAUCGCCGCUGAACUUCGCCGACCAUUUGAUGCAAAAGUGCCUCGAGAACUCCGACGGCUUGAGUGCGAUCUAGACCAAUGGGAAGCUGACCUACCACCAUAUCUUACUCGCCCACUUGAGGAAGGGAAAGGGCCUGGAGCAUGCAACUUGCACUUUUGUUUCUUAUCGACUAAGCUUAUGCUUGCCCGAACUGCGUUGAAGGUUGCCAAUUCUGAUGGUCAAAACCCUGACAACAGCAGUGAUCAUUUGAGAUACCGUCUUUCUGUGCUGCGUAGUUCGGCACGCGAGAUUGCAGACUUUGUUUGUGCUCUGACAAGUCAACAUCUAGCCGAGUGGUGGUUGCCUUACACGGCACAUCUACUAGCCUCCUCCGCCAUGAUACUCCUCCGCUGCACCAUCGAAACAACCGACUCCUCCGCUCGCGAAACCUGCACACGCAGCCUCGAAGCCCUUCGAAAGCGCCUGCGUUCCGCCCGCGAAGACUCAGACUGGGAUCUCGCAGACAUUUUCCUCAAUCAAUGCGAUGAACCCAUUUCUCGCGUCAUCAACAAACUCUCUACUUCUUCUUCUGGCACUGCUGUUGCUGCUGCUACCUCCCCU